GGUUUUUUGUGGGGUUUCCGUGGAGCGGCAGCAAAGCGGAUUCGGGGUGCGACGCAGAGAAGGGCGUCCUCCUAACUGUGGGGUGGGGCGCUGCUCGUUGCCUGCUGCUGCUGCUGCGCCAGCAGCAGCGGCCGCUGCAGCAGCAGCAGCAGCAGCAGCAACAGCAGCGGCUGCAGCAGCAGCAGCAGCAGCAGCAAAGAUGGGGAACAACGGCAGCUCUGCCCCGUCUUUUGAGUUUGAGAGGACCUCCCUAAGUAGAAAUUCAAGCAACAACAGCCCUCAUCGAGUUCCUGUUGUUGAGCGUCGGGUGUUGGCAGUGCGAGGCGGCGGCGGCUGUCAGAAUUUUUCGAGUCCCUUGUUUAUACCUCUGCGCUGCGAGUCAGCAGCAGCAGCAGCAGCAGCAGGCAGCAGCAGCAGCAGCAGCAGCACGCCUCCAGCGGAGGAGGAGGUAGACAGCACACGUGCUGCGUCAUUGAGACGGCCUUGCUGCGCUGCAGCAGCAGCAGCAGCUGCUGCUGCUCCGCUGCUGCUGAGUUCAGCAGACGGGCUGCGAAUUGGAGAGGAAGAGAUAGCAGGUGAUGCUGCUGCAGCUGCUGUAGCUGCUGCUGCCGCUGCAGCAGCAGCAGGGGGGCGCAGCAGCGGCUCCACCUGCAACGCAUGCAGCAGCUGCAGCAAUGUGACGCUUGGAGGUUUGCCUGCUGCUCCUAUAUUGCCUCUGGAAGCAGCAGCAGCAGCAGCAGCGCAGCAGCAGCAGCAACAGCAGCAGCAACAGCUUGCUGCUAGCACUUGUUUCGGCGUUCCGCUGUCUACUCGAGGGCUCAGCAGCAGCAGCAGCCGCAGCAGCAGCGAGGGUACAGCAGCAGAUGCGUUCAUGUAUGGGUCUGAUUUGCUGCCAGCAGCAGCAGCAGCAGCGUCAGGGGCCCUACCUCCAGCCCAAUCGCAACAGUCUUCGGCUGCUGCAGCAGCAGCAGCAGCAGGGAGGUUUAGCAGCACUUCAAAGGAUUGCAUUCGGUGCUCUUCGGGCGUCUUUCAUGGUGGUGAUGCAGCAGAAGUAAGGGCAGCAGCAGAGCCCAGAGGUGCUGCUGCUGCUGCUUCAGGGCCUGCCGCAGCAGCAGCAGCAGCAGCAGCUUCUGCCGGUGAUGGUUGUUCAGGAGAGAGCGGCGACAGCAGCUUUGCUCCUACGAGCAACAACAACAGCAGCAGCAGCAGCAGCAGCAACAGCAGCAGCAGCAGCAGCAUUGUUGUUAGUGGUGGUGGGUGCAGCAUGUACGCUUCACCCGGAAGCCCUACGGGUCCUAGUAGUAGCUCAGGAAUAGGGCGUGUAAGCAGCAGCAGCACGAGCAGCAGCAGCAGCAGCAGCAGCACGAGCAGCAACAGCAACACGAGCAGCAACAGCAAUACGACGAACACGACGAACACGACGAACAUGAGUAACAGCGCAGCAGCAGCAGCAGCAGCAGCAGCUGCUGCUGCUGCUAGCGCCAGCAGCAGCGGCAGCAGCAGCAGCAGCAGCAGCAUGGGCAGCUCAGAAGGAAGCCACUGCGUAGAGUUUGAAGUGCGAAACUUCUGGAAGGUAGCGAAGACACAUAAUGACAUUGAGUCGCCUUGCUGCGGUUGCUGCAGAGGGUUUGUGUUUCGCUUGCUGCUGCAUCCUCGGGGUACAGCAGGGACAGAGAGCGAAGCGUCACAUCUGUCUGUAUUCCUAGAAGCCGUUAAACAGCCCUGGUACCCCGACGACUGGUGCUUUCCUAACGUUCGUUUUGAGUUGUCUGUAAUUAAUUUAAAGGAUCAAAAACAAAGUAUAACCUCUUGGGCACACUGGACGUUCUCUGCAGAGGCUACAAGUCGGGGCUGGCAGAAGAUGAUUGCGCAUGCACGAUUAACUAGACAAAGCGGAUUCUUAAGCGAUGAAGGGUCUAUCUUUAUCAAAGGCAAGGCUGAGCCUCCUUUUGCCUCGCUAUGGUCUAGGGGUAAGCUCUAUAGGCCUCAUAGAGCUUGGGAGUAUAUCCCAGAGAGAGCAGCAAAAACUUUAGAGCAUGCAUCAGCUUCUUGUGCUGCUGCUGCUGCCGCAGCAGCAGCAGCUGCUGCUGCUGCUGCUGCGGGAUCUAAUAAUACUUUUUAUGAACAACAGCAGCAUCAUCAACACCAAAAACAUCUACACCAUCAUGCUGAAGAUGAUGAUGAUGAUGAUGAUGAAGAAGAGGAAGAGGAAGAAGAAGAAGAAGUGGAAGCAGCUGCAGCUGCAGCAGCAGCUGCUGCUGCUGCUGCUGGUGCACCUAAUGCUGCUGUGGCCAAUAGGGGUCAGCAGCAGCAGCAGCAACACGCUGCUGCUGCCUCUACUAACCUUCUCUCUUAUCUAGAGCCUCUUGUACCGGCGCUGCAGCCAGCGCUGGGCGCAGAUUGCGUCGCUCUCUUCGUUCACUGUUUAUUUCACUUGGUAGAAUUUCGGCGUCAAAUUUUAUGUUUUGGGGCGGAGAAGCGCAGACCUCCAGCAGCAGCAGCAGCAGCAGCAGCAGCAGCUCGAGGAGAGCAUCUGUCUUCAUCUUUAUCAACUAAAUCGUUUGUUGACGGCUCAUUAAUAGGAGCACUGCAGCACACAUUUGCAUAUAUGCUGCUGUGGCCUGUUGCUGUUGCCUGCAAACGGUAUCAGCAGCUUGCUGCUGCAGGUGCUGUUGCUGUUCCUGGCGGAUGUGCUGCUGCUGCAGCAGCAGGAGGAGGCGGCUGCUGUACAGCUCCAGCAGGAGGUUGCUCCGCUGCUGCUGCUGCAGGAGGAUCUGCUGCAGCAGCAGCAGCAGCAGCAGAUGUCUGUCCCUCAGAAAUCUGGAGAUGGUAUGGCGCUGAACUUUUUCCUAAGGGAGCAGCAGCACCGUUGAGGCGUGAAGCAGCACUUGCUCUAGGCUUCGGCAGCAGCAGCAGCAGCAGCAGCAGCAGCAGGAAGCCGAGCUUCUGCUUCUUCUGUCAGAAGUGCUUCUGCUGCUGCAAAUGCCACACACAAACGUCUCCUCUCUUCCCCCGCACUGCAGCACAACUUCAUUUGCAGUCAGUGCAUCCGCCAGCAGCAGCAGCAGCAGCAGCAGGUGCAGCAGCAGCAGGCGUCGCUCCUCCUCCCUCUCCCGCUGCGUCUGCACUCGCACCGGGCGCACCCGGCAGCAGCAGCAGCAGCAGCAGCAAGCCAAUGUGCACAGGAGAAGGCUGCUGCUACCGCGAAGGCUUCGGUGAUUGUUUGGAUUUGUCGGGCAGUGGGAGCGACGACUCGCUUUGUCUUUGCUGCGACCUUAUUGACAGACACCCUGAGGUGAUGGCGUCGCUGCCCCCCCCUCCGUCUACUCGAUAUAUUCUACGCGCUUUGAAUUUUCAUGAUUUGCAGCGCUUAGAGUCGGGAGACCCCUUGGUGCGCAUACACACAGAAUUAUUUUCUCUCUUAAUGAGAGAGAUAGCCAAAACUAGUUUAGAAGAGAGGGCCCAGCUGCAGCUGCAGCAGCAGCAGCAGCAGCAGAUGCAGCAGGGACAGGGGCUAGGAGAAACGGAGGAAGAAGACGCCCCACAAACCCCAGGAAGCACGCGCAACGCCAGCAGCAGCAGCAGCAGCAGCAGCAGCAGCAGCAUCUGGGAUAAUGAAGGGGUUCAUUACAGCUCUUCGAGUGCGCAUGCAGCAGGGGCUCCAGCAGCAGCAGCAGCUGCUGCUGCUGCAGCAGCAGGAGCAGCAGCAGCGGGAAAUACGCAGAAUAAUGCGCAAGCUUCACUUGCUGGUGCAGCAGCAGCAGCAGGGGAUCCGCAGCAAGGCACCCCUCCAGGCACAGCAGCAGCAGCAGCAGAAGCAGCCGAAGAAGGAGGAGAAGCAGCAGAAGUUGCAGGCAACAGCACAAGGCCUGGGGUUUCUGCUGCUGCUCCCUGGUCUCGUGUGAAGCAGAAGAAGAAGCUGAGGAACCGCAUGCAGCAGCAAGGGCGGCGGCAGCAGCAGCAGCAGCAGCGAGCUGCAGACAAUCGCGAGAGCGACAUAUCUCAGUCUGAGUAUUCUGAUGAAGAGAAAGCCGCAGCAGCAGCAGCAGCAGCAGAAGCAGCAGCAGGAGAUGCAGCAGCAGGAGGAUGCGAGGGGGGGGAUUGUUGGGGCCCCCCUAGCAGCAGCAACAGCAGCAGCGGCAACAGCAGCAGCAACAGUUGUAUGAGCAGCAAAGGCAUAUCAGGUGUAUGCAGCGGGAACGGAAGCAAAGAGAAGUGGUAUUCGCUGUUUGCUUUAUUUAUUAGAGAAGGAGAAAGCAGAGGAGACAGUGCAGCAGCAGCAGCACCUCAUUGCUUGCUGCUCAGACCUGAUGAAGACGGCCCUUGGUUUAGAGUUGCUGCGGGGAGAGUAGAACGACUUGUUUCUCGCGUAGAGUUUACAGAGUGGAAGUGUCAUCGGGAUUUCUUUUGCUGCGGUGCUAUAUAUAUAGCAGAGGAUUAUAUAGAUGCGCUUCAGGCCAGCAGCAGCAGCAGCAGCAGCAGCAGAGAAGCAGCUGCAGCAGACCUCAAACAACUUAAUCCUGCACUCUAUUACAGCGUACUUCAUGAACUCGGCCUCACAGAAACAGACAUCAAACAACCCUGGCUGAGACCUCACCAAAUGCAGCAGCAACAACUUCGACAAAAACAGCAGCAGCAGCAGCAGCAGCAGCAGCAGCAGGUCAAGCAGCAGGAGCAGCAGGAGAAGGACGAGCGAGACACGCAGCAGGCGCAAACAACGCAAACCGCAGCAACGCAGGAAACUGCUGCAACAGAUGCAGCAGCAGCAGAUGCAGCAGAUGCAACUGCAGAAGAGACCGCGACAGCAGCAGCAGCAGAUGCAGCAGCAGAAGCAGCAGAAGCAGCAGCAGGAGAGGGGGGAGACGGCACUGCUGAGCCGAUCCCUUCAGCCCCAUCUACUGCAGCAGCAGAAGCAGCAGAGGCAUCAGAAUCUGCAGCACGCGAAUCCUCUCUCGCAGCGUCAUCACCAGCAGCAGCAGCAGCAGCAGCAGAGCCAGCAGCAGCAGCAGCAGCAGUAGCAGGGAGGCGUUCUAUAGUUAACGAGUCGCGGCUGCGUGUCUUCCAGCCUCUGGCUGAGUGGCUGCUGGAGGUGGUGCAGGAGAGGGCAAAGCUCGCUGCAGCAAUUGCUUUAGCAUCUGAGCAGCAGCAGCAGCAGCUGGACCCUCAGCUGGAGCAGCAGCAGAUGCUGCUACAGCAGCAGGGAGGAGUAGAAGGCCUGUCGGAGCAGCCUGCUGCAGGCGAGCAGCAGCAGCAGCAGGAACAUAAUAGAGAAAGCAAAGCAGCAGCAAUACGAGAACUGUGUAGAGUUGAGGAGGAAGAGCUGCUGGUGCUGCAGGAGCUACGUUAUGCAAUCGCUAGUUUGCUGCUAGAUGAAUUUAUUGAUGGCUUCUGCCCCAAACCAGCAGCAGCCGCAGCAGCAGCAGCAGCAGCAGCAGCGGGGGGAUCGUAUCCCGCAGCCGGAGGCACCAGUGCAUCAGAAUCUCAUUCCCAGUCAGCAGCAGCAGCUGCAGCUGCAGCAGCAGCAGCAGCAGCAGGAGAGCAGCAUUCAUGGGUUGCUUCAUCUCCUCAGUGCUUUGGGCUUUUGAACUGGGAGGGGAAGCUGCUGCUGACAGACGCAGCAAAUCUGCUUACAGGGCCUUUGUCAAGGCUGCUAGAGACAGUUGCUUCGCUUGCUAAGGAAGCUGCGGUGUAUCUGCAGGCUAUUCAUAUUCGUGCAGCCAGACAGCAGCAGCAGCAGCUGCUCCAGCAGCAGCAGAAACAGCAGCACCAGCUGCAGCAGCAGCAAGGGAAGGAGAAAGACCAGGAAGAUGAUUCUCCUGCUGCUGCUGCUGCUGCUGCUGCUGCUCCAGGGACGGCGGCGAAUAGCCAGCAGCAGUCAGCAGCAUCGUCAGCAGCAGCAGCAGCAGCAGCAGCAGCAGAUGAUGAUGAUGAUGAUGAUGGGUUAAGUAUGCCUGAAGAAGGAGUAUUCGGAGGAGAGGCUUCUGCUGUACAUCAGGCUGUAGUUGCGCGUUUAUACGACCUAUGGCGCUGCUGCUGCAGCAGCGGAGUCGAUGCAGCAGCAAUUUUGUCUUCACCUCAGACUUGUGAUUCUCCUGCUUCUGCUUUGCCUUUCUCUCUGGCCUUCAGUGCAGCAGCAGCGGCAGCAGCAGCAGCUGCUGCUGCUGCUGCUGGGGGCGGCGGGAGCGGUGGUGGUGCUGCUGGAGGUGGGGUUUCUGCUGCUGCAGCUCCGACUGCAGGUGCUGCUGUUGCAGCAGCAGCAGCAGCAGCAGCAGCAGGAAGCUUACGCCCUACGCAGCUGUUGCUUGCUUUGUCGCACGCCAGCAGCACUUCUGUUUAUAUCCCUCUCUGCGGUUUAGACAGCACUUUAAACGUCUUGUCGUCUUUAAGAGCUUCUCUAGGCCCUCUGCCUUCGUUGCAGCAGAUGCGGCUGCAGCUAAACGAGAAGCGUGUUGUUACUGCUCACUUGCAUCGGCCGCAAGAAGUAAUUGCUGCUUAUAUCUCUCUCUUUGGAGAUCAGCAGCAAAAAGAAGUGCUGCAGCAGCAAGCACCUCAGCUCCUCUGCUUGCCCUGCCUUACCCAUUCCCUCCGGCAGCCCACCAGCAGCAGCAGCAGCAGCAGCAGCAGCAGCAGCAGCAGGAGAGGAAGGCGUAAGUGCGGCUGUGCGUCUCUUCCUGCAGCAGUCAGCAACGCAUUAGCUGCUGCUCUCGCAGUAGCUCUGCGGUGCGGGGGAUAUGAAGAAAUAGAGAGAGAGACAGACACAAUUAAAGAGUUGCUGCAGAUGCAUGCAUGUCAGAUUACUGCUGCUCUACAGAGAGACGCAGCAAACCUUUGUCUUCCUUCUCUUGACCCCCAAGCAGGUAUUUGCUGCAGCACUUGUGCUGCAGCAGCAGAAGAGGCGGAGCAGCAGAACGAGGCUGAAGACGCUGCAGCAGCAGCAGCAGGAGAGACGGAGCAACCAGCGGCAGCAGGGGAAGCCGCAGGCGGUGCCCACAGCAGCAGCAACCGAGUGGAUUCUCUGGUGGCUGCAGCAGGAGCAGCAGCAGCAGCAGCAACAGCAGCAGCAGCAGCAGCAACAGGAGGAGGCGGGCGGCGACGUAAGGUUGCUCGAGGGAUGAGCCCUUCAAAUGGUGCAGGCUUGUCUUUCUCUCCUUUAUUAGAUAGUCUUUUACCGACUGUUGUCUUUACUCAAGCAGCAGCAGCAACAGCAGAUCCGCGUGUGUUUCUGCUGUCUAUACACUCUACGCUGCUGCCUCAGAGGCCCUUCGCUGGUAGAGAGUAUGGGCCCCCUACUUCUUCGCGGCUGCGUCAGCAGCAGCAGCAGCAGCAGGACCCGCAGCAGCAGGAGUUUGUUCCUGAAAGCCUUUGCAGGGGCUCUCCUGCAGCCGCAGCAGCAGCAGCAGCUGCUGCUGCUGCUGCUGCUGCGGCUGCGGGGUCGGAGGGCACUUGCAACUCCGCCUGUCGCGGAGGAGGCCCGCGAUUUGGGGGUCAUGGCUAUGAGCCGUAUAGCAGCAGCAGCAACAACAGCGGAGCAGCAGCAGCCGCAGCUGCUGCUGCUCUGGGUCCCUUCGGCGGUGGUGCGGGGGGUUUGCUUCCGUUUGGCGCUGGAGCAGCAGGAGGUGGUUACCGUAGUGCGGGUGCUGCUGCUGCUGCAGCUGCUGCAGCAGCAGCAGCAGCUGCAGCAGCAGAGGUAGAGCCUGAGCUGCUUGAAUUAGGCAUUAUUGUAGCUGCAGACCUCGCAGGGUUAGAGGGGUUUUGUAUAGAAGAUAAUUUGCUGCCGAAGCAUCGACUGCUAAUCCGAAGAAGAGAUGCAGCAGGGGCUCCUAUAACUGUUCGCAGGCUGUAUUGUGCUUUAAGACGAGUAAUACUAUCACAGCUGGGCCCUGCUGCUGCUGCUGCUGCUGCUGCAGCUGCUGGUGGUGGUGCUGGUGGUGGGGGUGUUGCUGCGGCCUUCGAUGGCGUAGCCCCCCACAGAAGCACCUACAGCAGCAGCAGCAACAGCAGCAGCAACAGCAGCAGCAGCGGGGAUUUAUAUGGAGGAGAAGACCUGUGGGGUUUUGUUUCUGCUGCUGAUGAAGAAGGAGCAGCAGAUGAUGACAAGCGCUUUGCAUAUAAACCAACGGCUUUAGACGCUUUCUUUCUCUAUGCACUCAAACCCGAUACUGAUCCUUCGAGGAGAGGUCGGCGUCGCUUUGCAUUUAUGCAUCCGAGUGAUUCAUUGGAUUCAUAUAUCGACCACAAGCGAUUGCUGUUGGAUGCAGCAGCACCAGACGUGACAAUAUUAAUAAUGGGUGCUCCUCCCCGCAGCAGCAGCAGCAGCAGCAGCAGCAGCGGAGGAGUUGAAUUGUUCCCGCUCGAAGAUACAAAUGAAUAUCCUCUGCUGCUGUUCAAGUGGUUUUGCCCUGACUCUGUUUCUUUGCUUUGUUUGGGGCCGAUAAUAUGCUCUGCGAAGCAGCAGCUGCAGCAGUAUGUGCUGCAGUGGGUGCUGCCGCGUGCUGCAGCAAGUGGGUUCUUAACGGAGAUGCAGCAGCAGCAAUUUGCUGCUGACCCAGACUCUUUGCUGGUUAUGGAGGAAUGUCAGCUGAGGACUGUUCAAAAUAUUCGAAGGUGGUUUUGUGCAAUUAAAAAAAUAAAUAAAAAGACAGGCGAUAUUAUCAUUGUACAGCCCAGGGUGUAUAUUGAGUCGCCAGCAACUGUGAGGCAUAGAGAAGCUUCAGCACUUCUUCGUCAAGUAUAUGCAGCAGAGUGUGCUAAUGAUAAAAGAGGAGGGGCUCUUCCUGCUCCUUUGCUGCCUCUUGCUGCUCCUGCUGCAGCAGCAGCAGCAGCAGCAAAAGACCCAGCCAGUCCAGCAGCAGCAGCAGCUGCUGCUGCUGCUUCUGCUCCCGGAAGCGGCUUCAGAGGGCUUGCACCAGAUGGAACAGUAGGCGCGGGGCUGCUAGCAGGACGAGGACCAGCAGCAGCAGCAGCAGCAGCAGCAGCGGAAGCUGCUGCUGACGAUGAAGCAGCAGGAGGUAAGCGCCGGAAGAAGAAAACAAAGAAAGCCCCACAGAGACCUGCAAUACCCACAAAUAAGAAAAGUGUUAUUGCAAAGUUAGCAGAGGACAGCAGAAGAGCAGAGAAAGAAGACGGAGAGAAAACAGAAAUAAACGCAAGCAGCGACGCAGCAGCAAUUGAAGCAGCAGCAGCAGCAGCAGCAGCAACUGCUGGGCAGACAGAUGCAGCAAAGACUGGGGCGGGGUCACCAGCAAAUGCGAAGACAAAGGCAGCAGCAGCUGCUGCUGAGCAGGAGGAUGCAGCAGGCGAUGCAACUAAAGCAGCAGCCGCUAAGGCAGCAGCAGCAAAGUCAGCAGCAGCAGCCACGGCAUCAGCAGCAACCGCUGCAGAAGCACAGCCUGGCCGAAGCAAAAAGCAGCAGCAGCAGCAGGCGGCAGCAGAGGCUCGGAGCAGAGCGAAGGAGACGCCUAAAGCUGCCACUGCAGCAGCUGCUGCAACAACUCCCAAGGCCCAAGACAAGAAACCAACAGCAGCAGCAGCCUCUCCAGUUGCUGCCGCAAGCCCGCAGCAACAACUGCGAGCUGCAGCAGCAAAGCCAGCAGCAGCACCAGAGGACGAUGCUGCAGCGGAUCUCAAGAAGCAGAAGGAUAAGCAGCAGCAGCAGAAGCGUGCGGCUGCUGCUGCAUCGGACUCCAGCUCUGUGGCACCAGCUGCGGCCACCCCACAGUCUGAACAAGCAGCAGCAACAGCAGCAAAGAAAAGCGCAGCAGCAGCAGCAGCAGGAGCAGCAGCAGCAGCGGGACAAAAAACUCGUGGCACAGAGAGCCAGCGGCGCGGCGCCUCAGCCGUUUCCCCCUCAGCAGCAGCAGCAACAACAGCAGCAGCAGCAACUCCAGCAGCAGCAGCAGCAGGGCCUUCUGGGAGCCCCCAGUCUCCAUUGGGCUCUAAAGCAGCGCGGAGUGCUGCGCAGCGUCAGCAGCAGCAGCAGGUUGAUUCUGCUGCAGCAGGUGGCGAAGAGUUAGGGGAAGCCUCUGGAGCUUCGUCUCCUCCAUCGGACUCCGCAGCAGCAGCAGCAGCAGCAGCAGCAGCAACAGCAGAGCUACCGCAUCGGCAUUUGCUGCAGCGACAGAGCCUGGAGACGCUGCAGAGGCUGGCAGCAGCACGGGAGGUGCAUGAAGAGGCUUUGAAGCUGCUUGCUGCUGAAGUGAUUGAGUCGGUCCUGAGCCACAUAGCUAAAGAAGCAGCAGCAACUGCUGCUGCUGCUGCUUCUGCACCCUGGCUGCAGGCAUGCAGAGGCUCCUCUCCCGCAGCAACUGCAGCAGCAGCAGCAGCAGCAGGUUCUAAGCGCGCAGCGGCCUCUGGAUCCCCUUCUUCCGCGUCUGCAGCAGCGCCCGCAGCAGCAGCAGCAACAGCAGCAACUGCAGCAGCAACAGGGAGUGUAAGGACGCCACUAGACAGCCCCGUAGCAGGGGAGGUGCUGCUGCAAGCAGCAGAAUUACUCGAUAGGCUGAGUGCAACCAGUUUGUCGUCGCAGCAGCGGCCUCUCUUUGCAAAGCAGCUGCAGAUACACCUGGAGAUGGCGCUGCUGCAGGCUCUAGAGUGCAGCGCAGCAGCAGCAGACGAUGCAGCAGCAGCUAAUGCAGCAGCAGCAGCAACACAAAAAGGACGCCGCAGCAGCUACAGCGGCAUAGCAGCCCCUGGCGGCAGCAGCAGCGCCAAAGGCGCUUCCCCUAGCAGCAGCAGCAGCAGCAGCUUGGAGGGUCUGAGUGCAGCAGACUUAAGGUUUCUUGCCUUUAGGCGUUUGCUUUCACCCAGGGGUUUAGCUGCUUCCGAGCUGUUUGCUGUUUUAGCUGUGGGGCGCAGCGGGCUCAUCGUCUCCAGGAAGCUGUUGGCGCUGCACUGCCACGGCUUCUUAGAUAGACCUCCUGCUGCAGCAGCAAACAGCAGCAGCAGCAGCAGCGGCAGCAGCAGCAGCAGCGGUGCAAGUGCGGGUAGCAGCGCCGGCGCAAGUGGCAGCAGCAGCAGCAGCAGCAACAGUGCGAGUGCGGGCAGCACCACCAGCAGCAGCAGCAGCAGCAAGAGCAGCAGCAGCAGUCUGAGCAGCAGCUUAAAGGUAGCAGCAGUAGCAAGCAUGUGGCUGGUGCUGGGGCCUCGCCACUUAUCGCGUCUGGGGGAGUCGCAGCAAGGCCGGCGUUUGUUUGACUCUGUUUCAAAGCGCUUGAUUGAAUUUUGUUUGCUGCGGCUGCCAGCAGCAGCAAAUGCAGCAUCUUCAUAUCCCUGUGUCCCGCUGCUGCUCGCUGCUGACGCUCCUAAAGCCUCAGCAGCAGCAGCAGCAGCAGCAGCAGGCGUUGAUGGAUUAGUUGCUUGGGCUGUUGCUGUGCUGCUCAAGUGGCUGUACUCUGUGAAGGUAACGCAGCUAACGCUGCCGCGUGUUGCUGCUCUCUCGGGGCCUCUUUCAUCUCUUGCUUUGCCUUCUGUUCUUGCUGCUGCAUAUCCUGCUGCAGCACCACCACCUGCUGCUGCUGCAGCAGCAGUAGAGGCUGCUGCUGCUGCAGCAAGAGCAGCGGGAUCGCCUUCACUCCCCAGUGUUGCGGAGGACGCAGCAGCAGAUGCAGAUGAAGUUGAACGCAAACCAGCAGCAGCAGCAGCAGCAGCGCCGAUGUGGGCCCAUGUAGCAGAAGGCAGAUCUCCUGCAGGACACCGCGUAGCUCCAUGGGGGGCGUCUUCUCCUGCUGCAGCAGCAGCAGCAACAGCAGCAGCAACAGCAGCAGGAGCAGCAGACGGUUCGCCACGUCGCGGCGGUGGAGCCGCUACUGCUGCUGCUGGAGGACGUCGGGGUGCAUGCAGCAGCAGCAGCACAGACUCUUGUUCUGUUGCUGAGUGGCUAACUGAUCGGUGGGAGUCUGACGAUGAAGAUUUAUAUAGAGAUGCCUCACCUCCUCCUCUGCAAGACGGAUUAGAGUCUCAGCAGCAGCUUUCUUCUCGUUCUUCAGCAGCAGCAGCAACAACAACAGCAACAACCCCCACCCCCAGCAGUGCCACCAGCAGCAGCUCCAGCAGCAGCAGCUCUAGCAGCAGCUCUAGCAGCAGCAGCAGCAGGAGGGUGUUUAAGAAGGCUUCUCCCUACGUAAUAGCUGAGGGUUUGACUUGGCUGGUAGUCUAUAAGCCUGCCUUUUGGCAUUGUUCAGGUAUUAGCAGGUCUCGAAGUCUGUCUUUAGCUCGGCUUCAAAACGCAGAUGAUAUUGAAGAAGCCCUUGCACAUAUUACUAUUGAUGACCUCCUUAAUAGCGGCAAAGUCGAGAGCUUUCACCUCUAUCUUAUGAAAAAGUACCCGCGGUUAGAGACAGUUCGGCGUUGGGAGGAGAUGGAGUGCGGGCUGUGCCAUAGAACAGACCUCGAGACUUCAGGCUCUCUUCUUAUUGCUAAGACGAGAAGGGCUCGAGAGAUAAUAUUUGAACAAUUUAGACGCCGCUCUGUUCAUAAGGAGUAUUUGCUGCUCUGUCAUGGAAGAGUUCCCGAAAAAUACGGCAAAAUUAAUCAUCCAAUUGCCACCAGGGAUUUCGAUACUUGUCGUUCUAAGAGCCACUUCUCUGCAGUAGUGGGGCCUCAUGAAGGCGGCGAAGAGGCAUUAACAGAAUUUCGUUUAUUGAAAGUCUUCAAGCUCCGCCGACCUAAUGACCCUAAGAUUGUUGCUGCUGUUGCUGCAGCAGCAAGAAUGAAUGCUGCUGCUACUGCUGGUGGUGGUCCGAACGCGCCACAGCAGCAAAGGGCAGCAGCAGCUAAAUCAAACAGCAGCAGCAGCAACAGCAGCAGCAGCAAUAGCAGCAGCAGCAAAGAGUUUACUUAUAGCCAGGAGUUCAGCUUCUGCCGCGUGAAGAUCCAUACAGGGAGGACACAUCAGAUCAGGGUACACUUCCAGCACCUGGGUCAUCCUUUAGUAGGGGAUGCGAAGUAUUGCUACAGAGGCCUUGCUGCAGUAGAUAGGGUUUGGUGCGGCCGCAUGUUUCUUCAUUCAAGUUUAUUAGUUUUUAACUCUCCCGAUACAAACGAAAAUAAAGCUGUUACUGCUACAUCUCCGCUUGCCCCUGAGUUAAAACAUGCACUGGAGAACGAGUUAAUAUGCGUAGAGGACUUCACAAGCAGUCGGGAUCGGGAUCGGGAUCGGGAUCGGGAUCGUGGGGACGAUCCCCCGGAGGCUGUCUCAGAGUGCGCCGCUUCCCUUGAAGGGCACCGCGCUGCUGCUGCUGCUGGUGCUGCUGCGCCCAGGGACAGCACUUCUGCUGCAGCAGCUACACCUGCUGCUGCUUCAGCUGCUGCUGCGACCCCUGUAACGCGCAGCGCACCUGCUGCUGCGGCCGGCACUUUUGCUGCUGUUGCUGCUUCCGCUGCCGCAGCAGAUUCUGCAGCAGCAGCAGCAAGAGGGGCCGCCCAAGCAGCAAAGCAAAAGGGCGACUCUUCGCCAGCAGCAGCAACAGCUGCUGCUGCUGCGAAGAGCAACUCACCGACACAAGCAGCAACGUCUGAACCGCCUCACGUUGAAACCCCUGCAGCAGCAGCAGCAGCAGCAACUGCAGCAGCACGAGGAGUCGGAGAGUCCUCCGUGCCUCGACGCCAGACUCCAGCCAUCAGACCCACUGCAGCAGCAGCAGCAGCAGGGUCGCAGCCUUCUGCAGCCGAAGGUGAUCCUCAGAGGCAGCAGCAGCAGGAACAGCAGCAGCAGCAGCCUCCUCUGUCUGAGUGGCAAAAGCAGCAGCGGCGUGCAUCUUCUGUCGGCGUGCGUUUCACGUCUGCUGCUGCUGCUGCUGCAGCAGCAGCGGCAGCAGCCGGAGCAGCAGCAACAGCAGCAGAUCCUCGAGAUGCAGCAGGAUCUGAGAGGAACUGGACCUAUCGUUCAUUUGCUGCGCAGCUGCUUCGACGCCUGGGGCCGAGUGCAGCAGAUGCUGCAGCUAACGGAGGUGUAGCUGCUGCCUUGGAGGGUUGGCCGUUGCAUCGGUCUUCUACCUUUCAGCGACGGGAGGCUCUGUCUUUCUGUCUUGCUGCUGCAGCGCAGCAGCAGCAGCAGCAACAGCAGGCUGUCCUUGCGCUCCUCAGCACCGUCAGACGCUGCCUCUUCCGCUUGUUCCAACUCUGUGGAGCGCGCUGUUGCAGCAGCAGCAGCAGCUGCCGCAGCAGCAGCAGCGACAGCGGAUCCAGCAUGAGUGGCGGCGAGCGCAGCAACCGCAGCAGCAGAAACAGCAGCAGCAGCAACAACAAUUUAGGCACCCCACUGCGGAUAUCUUUCAAGAAAAGCACGGGGCAGUUGCGGCUGCCGGCUGCGCUGCGAGCAGCAGAAGCAGCAGCAGCAGCAGCAGCAGUUCCUAUGCCUGCAGCUCCUCCAGGCUGGCGGCAGCUGCUGCAGAUUGCUGCAGCAGCAUUAUCUAAUGAGCUGCUCAACUCGGGCUAUGGCUGGCGCUGCGUUAGCCGCGCCAUCCCGAAUGUCCCUGUUGCUGGUGCUGCUGCUUCUGCUGCUGGACACGCAGCAGCAGCAGCAGGUGCAGCAACAGCAGCACGUGGUGCUGCUGCACCUGCAGGAGCAACGGGACCACCUCCACUCAACCAGCCGACCUUCCUUCCUAAAGCCCUGAGCAGCUAUACGCCGGCGUUGUUGCCUGCUGCUGCUGCGCGGUUGCUGGCCCCUCACUUGCAGCCGCAGCAGCAGCAGCAGCAGCAGCAUAUGCUCUACGUGCAGCAGCAGCAGCUCCUGAUGCAGCUCUGCGGAGGCCGCGGGUUACCCAGCAGUCGGGAGGACUCGCGUUUCUUGCAGCAGCAACAGCAACAGCAACAGCAGCAGCAGGUAGGGUACUUGACUCGCAUGCAGCAGCAGCAGCAGCAGCAGCAGCGUCUGCAAGAAGAGCAGCAGCAGCACUCUUCGUUGCACGGGAAGCCGCAGCAGCACCAGGGGCAGCAGCUGCCUCUGCCUUUGCCUCCGCAUCCGCAUCAGAAGCAGCAGCAGCAGCAGCAGCAGCAGCAGCAGCAGCAAGUGCGCCCCUCUGCCUAUGCCUAUUCUCGUCAAGCCAGCCCCGCCAGCCGUCGUUCGUGGUCCGCCAGUCUUUGGGCAAACACAAAUUUGCCUCUCAGCCGCCCGGAACAACCGCAACUCCCAGCGUCUCAGUUUAUGUUUCUGUUCGAGUCGGAGGCGGCUGAAGGUGCUGCAGCUGCAUGCAGCAGCGAGGUUAAGGAAGAAGAAUUAAGUGGCUUCUUAGAUUUGUCUUUCUUAGCUGGCAGCACUCCUGUUGUCUGCAGCAGCAACUGCAGCUCCCAGCAGCAGCAGCAGCAGCAGCAGCAGCAGCCGGGUGCAGUCGACAUCCUGCCGGUCUCUCCGCAUGACCUUCACCCGCAGCAGCGGCAACAAAGGCUCUCACCCCCACGUAGACCUACCCCGCAGCAGCAGCAGCAGCAACAACAGCAGCAGCAGCAGCAACAGGUCUUGCGAAUGACAGACAGGGCUGCAGCAGUAGAAGCCUUGCGGCAUCAGCAGGCUGCAGCUGCAGCUGCUGCUGUUCUCAACAGCCCCAUCCGGUUGCCUCCUCUGAGACAGCAGUCUGACGUUGAGGACGACCUGCAGCAGCAGCAGCAGCAGCAGCAGCAACAGCAGCAGCACCAGGGGACACUAAUCAAUGGCAAGUGGUGUGUUUGCAUGGAAGUGCCGCCGCCUCCUUCAGCCCCUCUUCCUUCUCCUCAUUUGCUGCUGCUGCAUCAGCGCCAAGCUGCUGCUGCCCUUGCAGAGCAGCAGCAGCAGCAACAGCAGCAGCAGCAGCAGCAAGGCAUGAUGCCACCUGUCGGGGAGCCGCGCUUCCGUGAAGAGCCUAUGGGGCAUAUGGGUGGUGGUCUCUCUCCUUUGCCUCUUGCUGCUGCGAGUUGCUUCAGUGGGGAAGGGCCUUUGCUGCAGCCCUCUGCUGCUGCUGCUGCUGCCGCCGGUGCAGCUGCUGCCGGUGCUGCUGCGCAGGUAUACGCCUCCCUCAACAGGCAGCAACUCCCAGCAGCAGCGCUGCACGCAGAUCAGGACAUGCUUAAGGCCCACAGCAGCAGCAGCAGCAGCAGCAACAGGCUGGCACAUUUGUACCUAGAGCAGCAGAAAGCUGCGGCAGCAGCCUCCCGCGGAGUUGCUGCAGCCGAUGCAGCCCUUAGCAGCAGCAGCAGCAGCAGCAGUAGGCCAUCAGCGGAUAGACUGCUAGUGGCGCCUGGAGCGGCUGCAGCAGCAGCAGCAAAUUCCCUUUUAGAGAAUGACUCAAGAGCAGCAGAGCUGCAGCAACACCCGAGUGCAGCAGGUGCCUGGGCAGACCCACGCACUGGACAGCAGCAGCCUCCCUAUGGAACCAGGGAGCUGCAGCAGCAGCAGCAACCGCUGCUGCUGCUGCAGCUCUAA